CCAGGCGGCAAGCGGCGGCUGCAGGGCGACCUGGAGGUGUCCAGGGCUUUCGGCGACCUGCAGUACCGACCCGUGGGUCUCUCCGCGCACCCGGACAUCACCGGACCCUGGACCCUGCUACCGCCACUACCGGUACCGGUGCCGGUAUCCGCCAACGAGGAACAAGGAGCGCCGGCCGCCCCUACACCCGAAUCGCUGCUGCAACAACCGCUGGCCGCGUUCCCAACCCCACUGUUGCUGCUGGCGUCGGACGGACUGCUGGAGGUCAUGAGCCCCCAGGACCUGUGCGACCACGCGGCAGCGCAGCUCUCCGGCGCCCCCCACCCGCCCCUCACCCCUCCGCCGCCACCCGCCAUUGCACUGGGACCCGUGGGGGGGCUGCAGGCUGCUGCUGAGGGAACACAUGCAGAAGCAGCCGCGGUUGAGACAAUGGCAGCGGCAGCCGCUGGGGCCGCAGCGGCGGGUGCGGCACCUGCAGCAGCAGCGGCGGCGACACCAACAGCGGCAGCGGCGGAACCAACGGCAGCCGCAGUGGCAGGCGCUGGGCCCGGGGGGACAUCGUCAGGCGCUGGUCCCGGGGCGGGAAUGGACAUGGAGGCGUUGGAGGGUGUUGGCUUGGCGGGGUGUUGCGAUUGCGAUGCUGUGGCGAUGGCUGCGGCGGCGGCGGCGGCAGGAGACAGUGAGGGGCCCUGCGCUGGCCAGGCACUCUCCGGCCGCUCCUCCCGCCGCCCCGCCCUCCGCACCCCCGCCUCCGCUGCCGCCCGGCUGGUGCAGGAGGCGGUGCGGCGGGGCUCCAUGGACAACGUGGGCGCGGUGGUGGUGCAGCUUCCAGGGCGGGUCAUCCCGCCCCUUACCUCGACAGCGGGGAACGCACCACCCUCCGGCGUAUCGGCUGUGGUGGCAGGGGCGGAGGCGGAGGCCUCUUCAACAAGUGGCGUUGAUCCGGUAGCAAUCCACGG